AUGACUGUUGAAAAUAAGAUCGUACCAUUAGUAGCAUCCAUUGAUGUUGGUACUACUUCUACUCGUGUUAUUUUAUUUAACAAAAAAGGGUUGGAAAUUGCAAAGCAUCAAAUUGAAUACUCGACUUCUGCCUCCUUGGAUAAAGCAUCUGAAGGUAGAAGAAACAGCAAUCGUGACUCUAGUCCAGAUGCUCCUCUUUUCUCCGCAGAAGGUGUUGCUAUUGAAGCUAACCAAUAUUUGGAAAUUGAGGAUUUAGAUAAUGAAGGUAGAAUUGACCCAACUUUACGUUUUCCUAAACCAGGUUGGGUUGAGUGUAAUCCAUUGAAUAUUCUAGCUAAUGUUGUUCAAUGUUUUACUGCUUGUUUAGUUUCUGUUGCUACUGUUAACAAAGAGCGUGAGGAAAAUGGGUUUGAUCCAUACAAAGUUGUGUGUAUUGGUGUUGCCAACAUGAGAGAAACUACUAUUGUUUGGUCUAAGAAGACUGGUUUGCCUGUUUAUAAGUAUGGUAUUGUUUGGAAUGAUGUGCGUACUUUAGAUUUAGUGACUGAAAGAAAGAAAAAUACACCAGAAGAAAAACAAGCAUACUUCAGGGCUAAAAGUGGUGUUCCAAUUUUUUCCACCUAUUUUUCCUGUUCCAAGUUGAGAUGGUUGUUAGAUAACGAUGAAAAAGUCAAGGAAGCUUACGAGUCUGGUGAUUUAAUGUUUGGUACUGUUGACAGUUGGUUGAUCUAUCAUUUGACCAAGCAAAAAACUCACGUAACUGAUGUUUCGAAUGCUUCUAGAACCGGUUUUAUGAACUUAAGUUCUUUACAGUACGAUGACGAGUUGUUGGAAUAUUGGGGUGUUGAUAAAAAUAAGAUUAUUUUACCAAAAAUUGUUUCAUCUUCUGAAUAUUAUGGUGAUUUUUCUGUUCCAACCAACACCAAAAGCAGAUUGACAGCCUAUGCCUGGGAUUUAUUAAAGGAAUUUGUUUCCAGAGAACCAGCUGUUCCAAUUCAAGGUUGUUUAGGUGAUCAAAGUGCCUCUUUAGUUGGACAAAUGGCCUUCAAACCAGGUUCCGCUAAAUGUACUUAUGGUACUGGUUGUUUUAUGUUGUACAACACUGGUCCUAAAAAGUUGCUUUCUAAACAUGGUGCAUUAACUACUUUAGGCUACUGGUUCCCUCAUUUGGAUGAAAAGGAGCACGCUGAACCACAUUUUGCUUUGGAAGGUUCCGUUGCUGUUGCCGGUAGUGUUGUCCAGUGGUUAAGAGACAAUUUAAGAUUGGUUUCUAGAGCUGAGGAUGUUGGUCCGCUAGCUGUUAGGGUUCCUAACACUGGAGGUGUUGUCUUUGUUCCUGCUUUCAGUGGGUUGUUUGCCCCAUAUUGGGAUCCAUCUGCAAGAGGUACCAUUUUGGGGUUGUCUCAAUAUACCACUGCUUCUCAUAUUGCAAGAGCUGCUUUGGAAGGUGUCUGUUUCCAAGCAAGAGCAAUUUUGAAAGCCAUGUCCAGCGAUGCCAGACACGAAGGUAAAAAAGAUAAACAUUUCAAGAACGAAGUGAAAGAUAAUACUUAUGAACAAAGUAUCUUGUCUUCUUUGUCUGUUGAUGGUGGUAUGUCCAAGUCUGAUGAAGUUAUGCAAAUCCAGGCAAAUAUUCUAGGUCCUUGCGUUAAAGUUAAGAGAUCUAAGAUUGCUGAAAGUACUGCCUUUGGUGCUGCCAUUGCUGCUGCAAUGGCUUAUGAAAAUCCAAGUGAUCGUCCAUUGUGGAAAAAUUUCAAGGAUAUUAAGGAAAAUGUUUUGUACGGUGGUCGUCCUAAAGAAGACGCUUUCAAGGACCCAGCAACCGCUCAAAAAAUUUUCUUGAGUAAUUCGACCACUGAAGAUAGAAGACAAGGCUGGACAAGAUGGGAAGCUGCAAUUCAGAGAGCUGAAGGCUGGAUGACCGAUUCCACCUAUAAAUCAGAAGCAACUAACGACUAUGAUGACAGUUUAUAA